AUGGAGUCACCCGCCUCCGAGUUCGAAUUGAAACCGGCAGUGAUUUCCGAGCGGCCUGAGGAUUCAGGGAAACGGGUUGCCCCAGACCAGUUUGAUGAUCGAUACCGUACUACAAAGAAGGAAAUAUAUGCUUACUACUGCUACUACAUCGGCAGCAAUGGGCUCACACUGUUCAACUUUGCUCCCUCGGCCUUCCAGAACCUGCUCAGUCAAGCAGCCGGUGAUGCGGGCACCCUGCCCUUCGCCGGCACCACCCGCACCAUCGACAGCAUUGUGCUUCUGAGCAACGGCAUCUCCUUCUCCAUCCAGAUCGUGGUCUUCCUCGUCCUCGGCAGCUUUGCCGACUUUGGCAGCUGGAGGUCCGAUAUCCUGAUAGUGCAGUCUCUGAUUGCCUACGCCAUCGGUUUCGCCUGGCUGGGUGUCCACGACGGGGACAAGUGGCACGUCGCUGUCGGGUUGUAUAUUGUAGGCCUGGUUGCUUACCAGACCACUUACACUUUCUGGAAUGCUGCCUUCCCGGGACUCGCACGCAACACGCCCGAGAUGAAGGCUAAAGCCGAUGCGUAUGUCGCCGGGACCGCCACUCAGGAAGAGUACGACUAUGCCGACAGUCUGAUGCGCAGCCGAUUGGCCAACGUGGCACUCUGCAUCCAGUCUCUCGCCGAAGUCGUAAUUUUGGCCAUCAUCAUCGGUAUGAUGUUCGGCUUGAAGGUCACCGAGAGCGAUGCCAACAACAAUUGGGGGCUCAGCGUCAUCAUCGCGUUUGGAUCCGCGGUAUGGCUCGUAGUUUCGCUGCCCUGGUUCUUCCUCGAGAAGCGUCGUCCGGGACAGGACCCUGGGAAACGAUCCAUCAUCGUUGCGGGCUUGUGGCAGAUUUGGCACGCAGUCAAGACCAUCCGGAAGCUCAAGCAGAGUCUUAUAUAUCUUAUCGGCUACUUUUUCCUGGGAGACUCUCUCAACACUACCAUCACUCUUAUCUACACCUUACAGAACGCCAAGUUCGAAUACGAUGCCCUCUCACUGACAUACUUGCUGCUUAUUGGAAUCGUCGGCCAGGGCCUCGGAACUUUUACGUUUUGGUGGUUUCAAAAGCGCUUCAAGCUCGAGAACAAGACCAUGUUUGACGUUGUCGCCAUCGCCAUCGUCGUUCUUGAUAUAUGGGGCAUAAUCGGCGUCUGGACUGACAGAUUUGGAUUCCACAACACCUGGGAGUUUUGGUUAUUCGAGGUAUACUUCGGAUUCUUAAUCGGCCCAUGGUACAGCUACUCGCAAGUCAUGAUUUCAGAAGUCACUCCCCGCGGCCACGAGUUUCUGUUCUUCAGCCUUUUCAGCAUCGUCGGCAGGACGUCGUCCUUUAUCGGCCCCUUGGUCUCCAGCGCCAUCAUCGAUGCGAUCCCAUCCCAUAACAGCUCGUCCCCAUUUUACUUUUUAUUACCACUGAGUGUUGUUAGCUGUGUGGGUUUAUUGUUCUUUUUAAAUAUCGAUAAGAGUCGCGUUGAACAGGAGAAGUUUCUGGAAGAUAAAGCUAGACACUUGAGGGAGAAGCUACGCAGUAAUUCCCUUCCGGAAUCAACGUGA